AUGAUUAUCCUAUUAUCACAAGAAUCUUACAGAGUUCGUGAAGCACCAAAACCAGGCGCUGCAACAAAUCCGAGCAAACGGCAUCGCGAACGCUUAAACGAAGAGUUGGAGACUGUUGCAGCGUUAUUGCCGUUCGAAGAAAGUGUUAUUUCACGGUAAAU